CUGUUUUGGCGUCAAAAAGAAGUAGUACAGUUUGUCCAGUGCAUGAGAUGCUUUUUAAUCGGAGAAACAUUAGAAGCUAGAAUUUGGAGCUGGAUAAUUUCACACAUCUGUCCUGCUGCAGUAAAUAUCCCGGACACUGGUUAGCACGGAUUCCGCUUUAAUGUUGUUGUUAAUGUCAUAGAUUAAUGUGGGAGCUGUAGCUAACUUGUGUAAGGUCCUGAGCUAACUCAGUAGAGAGCGGUUACUCGGGAGGUGUAGUAACUCAAGCUAAUGUUUCCUCAGAGCUGAUAUUUAAUAUUGCAGUGUUGUGGUUUAGGACGAAGCCGAUCCGCGGUGAGGACCUGAUCCCAUCUGUUAGCUAACUUUUAAACUAUUUACAGGAACAAUUAACUGCCUGUCUCUCUGUCCAUCCUUCUGUUAUUCUGUCGGUCUGUCCGCCCGUCUGCCUGCUUAUCUGUCUGUCUGUCUGCCGGGCUAUCUGCCUGCCUGGUUGUUUGUCUGUCUGUCUGCUUAUCUGUCUGUCUGUUUGCCGGUCUGUCGUUCUUCCUGACUGUUUAUCUAUAUAUCUGUCUGUCUGUCUGUCUGUCUGUCUUUCUGCUUGACUGUUUAUCUAUAUAUCACUAUUUUCCUUGAUAGUGAUAGUGAUAGUUAUAUAUCUGUCUCUCUGUCUUUCUGCCUAACUGUUUAUUUAUAUGUCUGUCUGUCUGCCUGACUGAUUAACUAUAUAUCAGUCUGUCUUUCUGCUUGGCUGUUUAUCUGUCUGUCUGUCUGUCUUUCUGCCUGACUUUAUUUAUAUGUCUGUCAGUCUGUCUGCUUGCCUGUCUGUCUUUCUGCCUAAGUGUUUAUCUAUAUAUCUGUCUGUCUGCCUGGCUGUUUAUCUGUCUGUCUGUCUGUCUUUCUGCCUGAUUGUUUAUCUAUAUAUCUGUCUGUCUGCAUGCCUGUCUCUGUAUUUGUUAAUCUACCCCCUCUGUUUGUUUGUCUCUAUCUAUCUAUCUAUCUAUCUAUCUAUCUAUCUAUCUAUCUAUCUAUCUAUCUGAUAAUAAUGGAGCUCGGCAGUAUGGUACUUUAUUAUGUUUAAGUUGUCUUUAUACAUAACUAAACAGUGAAACUCUUUCUUUGCAUAUCCCAUCCUUGGGGGUUGGGGUCAGAGCACCCCUGGAGCAGGGUGGGUUUGGGGCCUUGUUCAAGGGCCCACCGGUGGCAGCUUGGCAGUGCUGGGGCUUGAACCCUGAUCUUCCGGUCAAUGACCACCACCCUAAUGAAUACCCUUAAUGAAUUAAGCAAGUUGAUAUAAAUUAUAUAUCCAUCUCUAUAUACGUUACCUCAGUAAAACCACCCUCUCCCCCCUUUCUUCUGAUUCCUUACUCGUCUUGGAUAUAAUAUAGCCAGCUGGAUUAUCAGUGCUGCUGUGUGAGUGAUUGCUCCCAUUGGGACCAUGCUGCUGGCUACAGUAAACCAGGGAGGAGCAGAAUUCACACAUGGGCGAGGUGAUGCUCAGAACUUCACUUUGUGCCUCAGUGACAUUUCAGAGGAGCAAUACACGGACGGCUUGGAGGCUGUGACUCUCGCUGACGGCUCGACUGCAUAUAUCCAGCGUAAUACUCAGGAUACUGAAGCAUUAUCAGCUUUAGAUGGGAGUGUACUGGAGGGGCAGGUUAUCCAGCUGGAUGAUGGUGCUACUGCUUACAUUCAGCAUAUUGCUGUACAAAAUGGAGAGGAGUCUAAUGGAUUGUCCGGUGCUGCUACGAGUGAUGUUGUGGAAAGUCUGGAGGCUGGACAGGCCGUGCAGUUAGAAGAUGGAAGCACUGCUUACUUACAUCACAUACCUAAAGAGGUGUACGAUUCCCCUGCGCUCCAGGCAGUACAGCUAGAGGACGGCUCCACCGCCUUCAUCCAGCACACGCUGCAGAUGUCACAGCCAGAUACAAUUCUGGCCAUCCAGGAAAGUGACACAGUGUCUGAUCUUCCUCUGGAGGAAAUCACAGACCCUGAGGCUGUCACUGUGCUGGAACAGUACGGCGCUAAGAUAGAAGACAUGGAACCUUAUGCAAACUCUGGUUUGCUUACAAAUGAGAAUGUAGUGCAGAUUGUUUUUCCAAGUCAGGAUGGCCAUCGCAGUGUACAGCAGCCUGAAGAGAAAUCGUUUCAGUGCAGCUAUGAAGGAUGCAGCAAACUUUACACUACAGCAUAUCACCUCAAGGUACAUGCCAGAGUGCACACAGGUGACAAGCCUUACUGUUGUGACAAACCCGGCUGUGAAAAAAAGUUUGCAACAGGGCAUGGGUUGAAAAGCCACAUGAGGACACACACUGGUGAAAAACCCUACUGCUGUACAGAAGUGAACUGCAAAAAAUCUUUCAAGAACUCAGGAGACCUCCAAAAGCACAUCCGAAUCCACACAGGAGAAAAGCCCUUUCUUUGUUCGUACGAAGGCUGCGGUCGGUCUUUUCGGACCUCUAACAUUUGCAAGGUUCACAUGCGCACGCACACCGGGGAGAAGCCGUACCACUGCACCGAGCCAGGCUGCAACCGGGCCUUCGCCAGUGCGACCAAUUACAAAAACCACAGCAGGAUCCACACUGGUGAAAGGCCAUACGUUUGCACUAUUCCUGGCUGUGACAAGCGCUUCACCGAGUACUCGAGUCUGUACAAACAUCAAGUGGUUCACACGCCCUGCAAACCGUACGAGUGCAGCCACUGUGGGAAGACCUACAAGCAGAUCUCCACGCUGGCGCUUCACAAGCGCACAGCACACAACGACUCGGAGCCCAUCGAGGAAGAGCAUGAGGACUACGAGCCUCCAGCAGAAGCCAUCGACGAUCCCUGCAUGAACGAUACUUCGGUGGAAAGCAUAGCACCUUGCUCAGAUAUGACCUCUGACUUCACAGCACAGGAGCAGGUCACCCUCGUCACACAGGAUGACGCUCAUCAGGUGGUUGCCAAUACGAUCACCAUGGUAACGCAUGAUGGUGACAUGCUCACCCUUCCAGCCAGUGAGUCAUUGCUGUCAUCUUCUAAAGUCACCAUGGUAACAGCUGACAGCAAAGAGGGACAGACCAGACAGGAAGUUACUCUUCCACACCCAUUUACUCUUCUGACGACUUCUAACGGAAAACAAGUUGCUGUUGAGCUCAGAGAACAGCUGACGCUGGAGGAAGCUCUGAGAAUCGCGUCAGCUAUCCAGCAAGGAGCCUCGGCAGAGCUGGAACAUUAACACGUUAACUCUGAUUAAAAUACUACUUUUUGUGCGCUUAUUUUGCUCAAUUGUUAAACCUUGGUCUAUAGAUCUUCCUGUUUACAUUCAUAUUUUUUGAUUAUGUAUGUAUGUAUAAAAGAUCAGAAAGGCUGUGUGGAUUAAAAUAAAGAGCUUUAUAAAACUUUA